AUGUUCGCAGUCGAGCGCCUUCAGGCGCUGUUCAGUGGACCCAACUGCCGAGCGCUGGCCCUGGCAUACACCCUGUGCGCCAUGUGGUAUCCCUCGCCGUACUAUGACCCUUUCACCCGCGGUGCAGAACACUACGUCAUGGACAUGACCGUCGAAGAGGCCCAGCAGCAUGGCCGUGCACCUCCGCCCGUGGACAAGUCCUGCCCGCCUGCAGCGUACGAUUUUGGCAGGCUCGCCGGCUGUGCAGCCGUCAUUCGCAGCACGCUUACUCAUACGCAUAACGACACGUGCAAGCGACACGGCUGCCGUGGCACAGAUGAUAGCUGUGGCAUGGCGUUCCCUCGUGUCCUGCGCAGCGCCUUCCAGUGGAUUGGCACCGGUGGCCUCUUCCUUCUGCCGCGAUUGGGCCCGAACAUCAUACCGCACAUGCCAGCUGCAGCGCUGGCCUUCGGGUGCAACCAGCUGUUUACUCUGGCGUGCGAGGUGGAUCGCGUCUACACGGCAGAGGCAGCAGCACAACUGGCCCGCCCUGAAGAUGAAUGGGGAGACUGUACGCUGCUGCAGCCUGCUGCUGACCGCGCCCGCGACUCUGCCUACUACAGCACGAAAUACACUGGCAAGAGCAUCAACGACAGCCAGGUGCAGCUGACGUGCAACACUCUUACCCGAGUGCAGGAUUUCCUGCUGGCUGGAAGGACGCCGGAUCCGAGUGCCAGUGGGCCCACCGCCUUUGGCAACAUGUGUGCCACUGUGCAUCGCAUGACCGCUUCCAUUACGGCUGGUAUGGCGCUUGUCGCCAUGAAGCUGGACGGUCAUUCCACAUUCGAGGCGACGUUCGAAUGCGCAUACCUGCAGGUAGACGCGUUCACAGCGCUAUCUGCGGGCGCCGAGCAAUCUCCUGAGGCGGCGACCACAGCAGCAGUACUGGUGGAGGCUGAGGAGCAGGAGGGGUACACGGUGACCAACGCCGUGCAGAGCUACGUGCUGCGGGGGGAAGAACUCAGCGGCCUGGACUGCAGCGUAUACAACCUAUCCUCCAACUAUGAG